GGGGCUGGAGGGCGGUGGCGUGGCGAAAACCCUGCACAGAGACAGAGGGACUGCUGUGCGCAGGGAGGCUGCGGCAGGGCUGAGAGCAGGGAUGCCGCGAUGCAGCUGGGGAGCACCCAGAAAGUUGCCUGCCCGGUGCACCGCAGCUGGCACGCAGGUUGUGAGGUCCCGGUGUGUGUGUGUGAGCCCCUGCUGCCGGUGGUGGUGUUUGGGAAGGGCCAUGGCAGUUUGCAGCGUGACCUGGUGUGGGGCGGCGGGGCAGGGGGCUGCUGUCACCGUCCUCGUGGUUUUGAUGAGCAGUGCCCAGCAGAGGAGCAGGGGCUGCGUUGCCAGAAUCCCGACUGUACCGACAAGAGGAGGGCAGCCAAGGUAGGUCAUGGGGUGCCGGCAGUGCUGGCAGCUCGGGCUGUGCCAUCAGGAAGGCAGCAGGCAUGCUGUCUUGGUGCAGAUCUGGGCAGGUGGAGGCUCCCAUGGGCUCGCCCUGGCUCCCAGUGCCUCUGGUGCUGGAGGAACCGGUUGGUGCAGCUGGCUGGCAGGCAGCCAUGGGGCAGAAAGCCCUGUGCCGGUAGGAUGCGGCUAGGUAGCAGGGAAAGGCUGCAGCCACUUCCCACAUGGUGGGAGCUGCGUGUGGCACGCAUCCCUCGGCAGCAUCGCGGUCCUGCUGCCCGUGUGUGCCUGCAGGCUCGUGCGUGGCUGGGAUUUAACUGCGUGGCAGCAGCUUCCCUGUUUCCCCACCUGCCGUAAUUCAGGCUAAUCUCAUUGAGCCCGUCUGUCCUGUUCCCGGUGGGAGCAUCGCUCGGCAAGCCAGCACAGGCAGCACGGCUGUGCCCAGGAGGGAGGGAACCUCUGCUGCAGCUCUGCUGCGCACCGGGGCUUGGCAGCAGAGCUACACAGGGCCCCUCCAGGAGCAGCUGCGUUCAUACCCACGUCCAUUGAGGCAUGUGGAGGGACGGGAGCGCCGUGAUCAGGCUGGGAAGUGCAGGGCUCUGGAAUUAAGCAGAGCCCGCGGCUGGAAGCGCCCCAUGCCACCUCUCCUAAUCUUGUUGAUCGCUAAUGUAAAGCCGGAGUGGAUUUAGGGCCCCUUAUCUCUGGCUGCUCGACCUGCUGGCUCGCUCCUGGCUGUCCUCGCUGCCGGUGCCGUGCU